AUGAAACAAGCCCGAACCGAUGACGAUGAAAAUAAUGUUGAGAAUGAUCCUCCGAAAAAAUUUAAAGAGAUAGUGUCGUUGACCUCGUUAGAUACAAAAUUGAACUCUUUUGAUGCUAGACUGUACUCUGUUCAAUCAGACUUAAAGGAAAGCAUGAAAGAGUUGAUGAAAACAGUCGAUCAAUUAGCAAUUAAUGUCAAUACAUCCAAGAGUGAAAUGAAAGAGGAAAUUCAAUUCGCACUCUCUUCGAUAUCAAAUGCACAUGCUACUUUAGUUGAUCAAGUAAAGGAGAUAAAUGAGACUAAUAUUAAAAGAGACACUCGAAUUACUGCCAACGAAAUGCGUAUAAACAAAUUGGAACAACAAAUUAUCAAAAACGAUAUAGAAAUAAAAAACAUACAAAACAAAGAAAUCUCUGAAUAUGAUGUGGUAAAAGAAAUUGGUAAAACAAUUAACAUUGAAAUAAAGGAAGAAGAUAUAGCUAAUGCAUACCGCAUUAAAAAACAAAACAAAGUCAUUGUCGAAUUUUCUACACUGAGCAAAAAAACUGCAUUCAUGAGUAAAAUUACUAAACAUAGAGUCAAUGCAGAAAUAAUAAACAAAAAUGAUCAGGAUAAUACAGCCAACAAAUUUAUAUAUAUAAACGAUGAAUUGACGUUUCAUAACCGCCAACUUCUUUGGCAAGCUAAAACAAAAGCAAAGGAGGCAAAUUGGAAGUUUGUUUGGGUUCGUAACGGGAAUAUCUUUGCACGAAAAAACGAAAACUCGCCCCUACUCACCAUAAAAAAUGCUGCAGAUAUUGAAACUAUUAAUAAUACAAUUUAA